GACAGUUAUAUUGUGGCUAACCAGCACUAAAAACAAAUGGCCGAAUUAGCUUUGGUAAGAAUCUCCUUGAAAUUAGUAUGGGGACUGAUCGCUAAUCGAGCGAUCGCUAGAUUGGAAACUGGAAACCCAACCGAUGAGAAGUUAAGGCAACUCUUAUUGAGCGAAUUCCGCAAACUUCAUGAGGAACUCGAUGCCUUGAGACGGAAAGAGCUUGUAGCUGCGGUAGCGUUUAUGGAGAACGCUUACGAAAUCUUGAACGAUGACCCAGGAGAAGCAAGAAAAGAGUUCAACAAAGCGAGAGAUGCAGCUCAAGUUGCCCUUGGCGUGGUGAAGGAGUUGAACGACAAAAUCUUGGCAACUAAAAUCAUGAUCGCGUCUGCCAUUCACGAGUUUGUUGCGAAACCUGACGUCGCUGCCUCUUUGUGUAUGAAGUACGUAUCUCGCCUGAACUCCCUUCCUAUGGUCGCGAACGCUUCUUGUGCUCAGAUUUCACAGAAAAUGGGUACAAAAUGGCGUUGGGGAGGCAACGAGGCAAGGCAGGAAAUGCUGGGUAAAAUUUCGGAGGUUAACCGUUGUGUCUGGCAUUUUGUCACAGAUCAAACCAGCAGUAGUAAAUAUUUAGAGAGUGAAUGCUCGCAUAUCAAUGUCGAAGGAAGACUGGUGAACCCCAUGACGGACUUCAUCCUGUUACGUAGUCGUGUGGAGCUCACUACUUUGAAAGAGGGUUUUGGUACGCCCAUUAGCAUGGUAGUCGUGGAGAACAAGAUGUUCUUCGCUCAGACGCAAGUUGCCGCCUCAGGCAAAAGUGAUGCUUUUCUUAGCAAUGCCAUCAAAUCUUUAGAUCUGGAAACUGGUUCUGUGUCAGAGUUGGUUGGCCAUGCAGGGGUUGUCUUAUGCCUAGCUGUGGCUGGGUGCCAUGUGGUUUCUGGAUCAUUUGACAAGAAUAUCCUUAUUUGGGAUGCAAAAUCCUGCAAGUGCUUGCACAUUCUGACUGGUCAUCAAGGGUCAGUCAAGUCAUUAGCAUUGAAUGACUUGCACAUAUUCUCUGGUUCCACUGAUUGUACCAUCAAGGUUUGGGACAGGGUCACAUUUGAAUUACACCACACCCUUGAGGGGCACAAUACACCCAUUUCAGCCUUGGCUGUUUCUAAUCGGCAUUUGUUCUCCACUGAAGUAAAUGGACCAAUCAAGUAUUGGGACUUGAAGAAAUUCAUAUGCCUGCAUGAUAUCAAAUCCCCUCAGAAUGUUAGCAAAAUGCACAUCUUGAACAGCAAUUUACUUGUGGCAUUUGAUCAGAAACUGUCAGUCAUCAAUUUGGGAAACUUAAAAGAAGUUGCUGUUUCUAAACACCCAGCAGAACUCUCCCUGACUAUUGGAAGAAAUCUUUGCACAGCAUCAGAAUCCACUCUGUCAUUACUGGAUUUACUUAACAUGAAAAUCAUUGGAUCAAAGGCUUUCGAAGGUAGAGAAGCACCAUACAAUGUCAAGUGCAUGUAUUAUGAUGAGAUGGCAGGCUUCUUGUAUGUCACUGCUUUGUGUACCACGGCCAACUCCAGGGAAAAAUAUGUUGUAUUUAGAUUUUAGUCUAGACCUCCUUCAACUCAUCACUAAG